AUGGAUCCAUCUAUUGCACAACGCAGGCGUGUACGUCGUGCUCGUGCACAUACAUCACAAGAAAAUUUAGUUAAAGAUUCAAGUUCAGAUGUUAGUCCUCGAGAAACAUCGGCAUCAACUGCAGCUGAUCGACGUCGUCAACGACGUGCUCAACGAUCAACAACUGAUCAACAAUAUGAUAAUCAAGCAUUUACUGAAGAAGAUCGACCACCUCUACAUCCUCCUAUUGAACGUGUUAAUGAAGAUGAAGAAGAAGAAGAAGAAGAAGAAGAAGAAAAAAUUCAUGAUGCUGAUCGACUUGCAGCACAUUUAACAAAACAACAUCAUCGAAAACUUAAUGAAGUACAACAAGAAAGUAAAAAACCAAGAAAAAAAAUAACAUCAGAUACUAUUGAUGAUGAUCAACAUGAUGUUCAUGAACAAAUACGAGAAAAACAAGAAAAAGUUUCAAAACAUCUUGGUGAUAUAGAUGAAGAUCGAAUUUCAUCUAUUGAACCAUUACCAACAACAACAACAACAACACCAAUGGGAACAGCACGUGAUCGAUCAAGAGAACAUAUUAUUGAAAAAGCAAAACGAUUAAGAACUGGACAAUCUUUUGAUGACGGUUAG